AUGGACCAGGCAAGAAAUUUCUACAACACAAUUUUAAAAUCGUCGCACCCGUUGCUACUAUCAUUUCAUCUGGCAGGUAAGGCAGUUCCCAUUGUAUUUUAUAUCAUAGGAUCAAUGUUUUUGAAUUUCACACCUCAAUUCAUCACUGUCGUUCUUUUACUUUCUUUUGACUUUUACUUAACAAAAAACAUUACAGGUCGGAAACUGGUCCAAUUACGCUGGUGGUAUGAUUCUACAGAUGUGAACAAAGAUUCUAAUUUUACUUUCGAAUCAUAUAAGCAAUAUGCGCCGGGCCCACCAAUAAAUGCCAUCGAUUCUAAGUUAUUCUGGUGGUCGAUGUAUGUGACACCCGUAAUCUGGGGUGUCUUCGCUGUGUUGUGUCUUUUAAGACUGAAAAUAUUCUACCUGAUUUUGGUCAUUGUUGCAAUGUGUCUGACCGCCUGGAACACGUAUGGAUUUCGUUGUUGCGAUAGAUGGGAGCCCAAUAGUGGACAAUCUGACGGUCAAGAUACUAAUAAUUGGUUCGCUCUUCCUUCUGUUCCGGGCUUUGAAAAUCUUUCAAGGCUGGCUAAUAUCCAAUCGUUUUUCCAGAGACAAUAA